AUGACUUUCUUCAACAUAUCAGCUCUUCGUGAAGCCAUCGAUUCUCCAGGACUUGUUUUUGGUAGGUUUAUAUUGUUUUAGGUAUAACAGUACUUUUUUGAAAUGAAUUUAAUGUUUUUUUUGGAAGAAAUGAUGAUUUUAAAUGAAAAAUUAAAAUGCAGAUCGUAUUUUGCUUUAAAUGUUCAAAUAUAUUGUGAAUACUCUUUUUUAUGCCAUUUUUAACAUUAUAAUAAAAAUCUUAAAAAAAUUUUUUUUUCAAUUUUUUAAAACUGAUGCAACACUACAACAAUUUGAUUAAUAUAAACAAAAUUGAGCGUUCCUUUAAACUUAAUUUUUGUUCAAAGAAAACAGAACGUUCUUUGGAACGACGAGACUAAUCUCAAAUUACCCAAAAUUUUUAUUUAUUUUUUUUGUCGCAAAAGCCUAAAGUCUGAAUAGUUAGAAAAGCAAUAAAAAAUUAUGACAUGUUUCUAGUGGGCUUUGCAAAAAAAGUAAAAUACGCAUUUGUCAAUUAUAAUAUAAUUUUAAAAGUUUGAAUAAGUUAAAAAAUAUUUUUGAAAUAUUAGUUUUCCUAUUAAACGAGGGUUUUAAAGGGCCGAAAGAUAGACGUGAUUCUUCAAGAAGUUUAUUUUGAAUAUAAGAGUAGUAAUCUUUGUUAUUUUUAGGAACUGAAAUCUUGAGAAAAGUCGAAAACCUACGAGUACCAGUCUGUUCAAAAAGCUAUAUCAGAGGCGAAGUAUUGGAAAAUGAGUUUGUAAGUGGUUGGCAUUUAAAAUAACUUAUUUUCUUUAUUAUAACUGGAAAAUAAAAUAUUGACUUGUCUAUAUUAUAUCUGUAAAGGGGCUUGGCCGCGUCGAAAAUUGGUCAUCAUAUAUACUAUACGAAAUUUGGUUUAUGUCUCGGACCCACAUGCAUUGGUCUAGUCUUUUUAAAGUGCUUUGACCCGGCUUUUUUCAAAUUUGUAUCGGUCCGGUCCUGUUCGGCUUAAGAUUAGGACGACGCUUGGCCGGGCUUACUGAGCUUAUUUUCAAGUCUAGCCUGAAUAGAACUUUUUUUUGUUUUUCUAAUAGUAGUAUUUUUAAAAAAGGAUUUUAGUAUAUGUACAUAUGUAUACCUACAAGAUGAAAGUUUAUAAGGAAGUUUCGUAUUUGUUAUUUAAACAUAAAUUUCUCGAUGAACAACUUGCAUAUCGUAUUUUACUUAAAAAAGGCUACAAAAAUAUUUUUGAAAAAAAUUUAUUUACCUUUUUUUAAAUUUUUUUGGAGACUUUGCAAAAAUUUUUUGUUUAUUAUAUUGUUUACGAGAACAUGAAUUCCACAAACGUUCAAAACAAACCACUUUUCUUUGGAAAACAUUAAUUUUUUGUCUGAUUAUUUAUGCACUUUUGAUCAGAUGUCUACAGGAUUUUGUCUUUGAACUUUUUGAAAAUGACAAACAGGUGUUUUUGAUCAAUUCAUAUUUUGUCAACAUCAAUUUUUUUAAAAUACUUCAAGAAGAAACAUCUUUUUGUGGUAUAUUUUGAUUAACUAUGAUCCACUCUACUCUAACACAACCAAAUGUACCAUACUUAAUCGACCAUAUUUCAGGACCCAAGCACGGUAGAAUGGCAGAACGGUGCGACGUUCCCGGGCGCGUUAGGCCGACCAUUUGAUUGUACGAUACAUUCGAUUGAAGAGAUUUCCUCGGAGCCGGACGUUCGAAAACCCAAAUUCGAAGUUCAAUUGGCAUUCGAAAAGAAUGAGCCGGCUGUCAGGAAUUUCGAAGCCGGAGAUUCCUUUUAUGUCAUUUGUCCGAACGCUGAAAUGGACGUGGAAUUCAUAUUGGCUAGGUAAGGUUUGAUUUUUUGAAUAUUAGGUUAUUCAAAAUUCAACCUUGAAAACUUGCUUUGAGAUGGGCACAGAAUUAUUUGAACAACUUAUUUAUUAGGCCUAUUUAAGGAUUUUAUAAUGAAAACUUUGAUGAAAAUUUGUUUCUUAAGGCAAAAGAUUGUCUUUGACCUUAUUUUAGAUAAUUAUUAGGCUGUUCAAAUAAUUCUGAGCUUCUCAAUCCCGGAAAUUUUCUUUGGCUCGGAGCGCAGUAUUAUUUUAACAACUUAAUAUCUGACUCCUUUGAUACAACUAGUGAUAUUCAAUGAAAUUUAGGCUAAAUUUGACAUCCAAAGCAAACCUACAGUACAAGUUUACGGUAGAUGAGGAUUCGGACAAGUCCCUACCAGAUUACAUUCCUUCACUUUGCUCAAUACGAUACGUUCUCACCUACUGCCUGGACAUACGACGGGUACCUGGAAGGGUGGGUUAAAAUGUUACUUAGUACGGUUUUGUUGCUAAUUUGGCUUUGUUAUUGUUGGUUUUUUAAAUUUAAAUGUUUUUAUGUGAUUUUGGUUUUUGACGGGCUAAAAUUUUUUUUUGGGGAGGGGGUCAAGAAUUGUUUUGCUUAAAAUUGAAGUUAAAGUCGAUGAUCCUUUAGAAAAAAUUAUUUUUGUGUUUUUUAAAAUUGUAAUACUGGUUUUAAAAUGCUGUUUUUACUUGCAGAUUUAUUUUUUUUUGAAGUUUUAAAAAAUUUCUUUGUACAGCUUUUGAACUUUACGUAUAAAAUAACUAUAAUAAGAAGGCAAAGAUUUUCUAUUUUAUCAUCUUUAUUAAAACAUGUAGAAUAUAAUGAAAAUAUGAUAUUUUUAGCCAGUGAUACGAGCCUUGGCCGAAUACUGCACGGACCCAAAAGAACGGCGGCGAUUACUCGAGUUGUGUAGUGUGGACGGUGGAAAAGAAUUCCAGCAGCACGUACAAUCUGUAAGUUUAUAGGUUUUAUGUUUUUUUUAAAGUGUUUGAUGUAUUUUCAUUUGUAAGGUCUUCUUAUAGAGGCAACUCUUUUUUGGGGUUUUUCAAAUAAUCCUGUGCUCUCUAAUCCUAAAAAUUUGCUGAUGAUGAGGGCACAGAAUGAUUUUAACAAUCUAAUAAUAAAAAAAGUUAUUAAGUUUUGGUUUAUUUCUUGCACGGUGCAGAAUUUAAUUUUUCUUUGAAUUGUAAAAUACGAUUUCUGGAAUUCUAUGGGUUUUUUCUUAUAGAUAAGGUUUACUAUAUAGAAAGGCCAAUGUAUAAUAUUUUAAAGUUUAAAGAGUAGAAAAGUAAACGUUUUAUGAAAGAUGUUGUUUUAUAUAAAAUUUUAGGCAUCAAUAAGUGUAAUUGACCUACUAAUCCACUUUGAAUCAUGUUCACCACCAAUUGAACGACUUGUUGGUAAGUUUGUAAAAUAUAAUAUUAGUUUCAGAUGUCAAAUUUAGAAGUACGUAUGAAAUCAAAAAGAUUUUUGAAAUUUUAAUUAUCUGAAAGUUGUGAAAAAAAUUUAAAUUGCCUGAAAUAUGAAAAUAAACGAAUUUUUCAGAAAUAUUACCUCGAUUAUUACCUCGUGCCUACACGGUAGCAUCAUGGGACUUGUACGCCAAGAACCGGUUUCGUUUUGUCGUGUCUUUGAUGAAAACACAGGCUCAGAAUGGUGUUGUCUACACUCGCUUCGGCCUUUGCUCGGGUUACUUAAGGUCUCUGAUGAAUGGAGAUCAGGUUCAGGUGGGUAUUUUGACAUUUUUCUUUUAUUUGAAUAGUAAAAGGUUUGUUUAGGCCUUUUUAAGAAAAUAUGGUUUGCAGGCUGCGCGGACAUUUUAUACGAUGAAACAUGUCUAACUCUUUAAUUUAUAGUUUUUUAAUAAGUUUCUUAUUACAAUUUGGUCGUUCACAUAAUUCUGUGCUUUUUAACCUCGAAAAUUUGCUUUGCGGCACAGAAUUAUUUGAACAACCUAAUAGUAUGUUUUACAAGUUUCUUAUUACUAGCCUAUUUUAUCAUCCUCAACACUAUCUUUUCAGUUAAUAGUAAAAGAGCCAUCGAAAUUCCGUUUUCCAUUAGCUGUGAAACGAAAUAUUGCACUAGAUCAAGCACCUAUCAUAAUGAUUGCACCAGGGACCGGAAUUGCUCCGUUCUUGGCGUUCCUGGAACGUUUCAGGGAUUUGAAACAAAUGACCGGUGCUAAACCAAACUCAAAACGCUAUUUAUUCUACGGGUCUAGCAACUUUGACAAGGAGUUCAUCUUUAGGUGAGUGUACUAUAAUGUUCAUAGACGUUUAACAGUUUUAAGGGGUCUUUUGAAGGUAAAAAAGGGUAGUUUAAGGUCUUUUUUCUAACUUUUUUUAAUUUAAAAUGGCUAAAACUUAUUGUUUGUUAUCUAAAACUUCGAAAUUUUUAUAACUUAUGUUAAUUUUUUGAUAAAAUCUGAUAAAAAUUAUUUUUUAAUGACAUUCCUCGUUGUUUCAGGAAAGAAAUUGAGAAACUAAAGGAAGAAGGAGUACUCACCGACCUUAUUUUAUGUGAAUCCAAGCCUACAGACUCGAAUACACCAGCUCGAUACGUUUAUGACGGACUGGGUGACCAACCAAAAGAGGUAGGCUAAGUUUUGAAAGCUGAUUUUAAAAAAAUCAGAAAAGUUAUGGUUACAGUAGCUAGAUAAGCUUCUAAAUUGAAACAUGAAGUUUAAAGUGAAGCUUUUCAAUAUUAAAAGCUAUAUUAUUAGGUUGUUCAAAUAAUUAUGUGCUCCCUCUAAAAGCAAAUUUUCGGGGUUAGUGGCACAGAAUUAUUUGAACAACCGAAUAGCUCGAAUAUUGGGGCUGUAAAGUCGCUUUAUUACUUUUAAACAAAGAUUUUAACGUUUGGAAGCCACAAGACCUUUAAAACUACCAUUUUAAGCCUAUAAUAUACGAAUUGGAUAACAUAAAAAGUUUUUUAAAAUAUUUUAAAACUCAAAAAUUAUUAAAAACGUUUCAAAACUCGAAAUUACCAAGACAUUUUUAAGUUCUUCGACUUCCUCUUUUCCUCCCCACAACCCUUCAUUUACGCCUGCGGCGAUGUGAAACAAAUGUCGCGAAAGUUGUGGGACACCCUAUCCAACUUGUUAUCCCAACACUGUAAUCUGACCAAAAUGGAAGCAGUACAAUAUCUGACUGAAUGGCGCAAAACCGAGUAUUUCAUCGAGGAUGUGUGGUCGUAA